AUGAAGGUCAUUGACAGCCCGGCCGCCGAUAUCGACCCGCCCGAUGUCAAUCGACUUUGCACGACGACAUGGGUGAUGAAGGGGCUUCGCACGAAAUACUGCGUGCAAACUGGGGCAUGCGUCGAGGAGUUUGAUCACUACUGCGUCUGGCUGAACAACACGAUAGGCAAAGCAAACCACCGACAGUUCGUGGGCCUGGCCAUUGUGGAGUUCAUCACGCAGGUGACACACGUUCGACUCUGCCUGCUCACGGUGAUGAACAUUGUUCAAUACCAAAGCUUCACGCAGUGGACGUGGGGUGUCAUCACCAGCUACCCUCUGCUGACCAUGAUCGUGGUGGUGCACUGUAUCACAGCUCCAUGGGUCCUCAUGCUUACGCUGCAUCAAUCUCGGCUGGUCUUGAUGAACCUGACCACAAACGAGAUGAUGAACAUGCACAGGUACGAGCAUUUUUGGUCGAUUCGGCAGAUUUCUCCUGGUCACACUUCGAGGACUUUCCGCAAUCCCUUCGACAAGGGCAGCGGCGUGGCAAACUGCUUAGACUUCUGGUGGUACCGUCGGCGAUGGCAGAUGGUAGCACAACCGGACACGGACACCGUUUGCCAAAAGCAGUGCUGCAACCACAGCACGGCGCUCGGUGACUCGGUUGGGGGGCUCAGGGCACAGAGAAGCCCUACUGGAUUUCAGAGGUAG